AGUGACAGGAAUUUGUAUAUUUAAUUGACAGUUAUGGCAGUACGUAUACUUUGGUUCUGUAAAAUACUGUAGAUAAAAAGAUUUGAGAAGCGUCAUAAUUUUUGGUGAUUUCGUUCAUUGUCUGUUGUAAUUUAUAAUUAACAACUUGUGCUGUGAUUUUAUAUUACCUUAUCAAUACUAAUUAGAUAACUGAAUAUAUUCCAAAGAAAAAUAAUCAUUUAGUAUAUUUCUAGUCUGAGGAAAAUUAAAUAGAAUCUAUUUUUAAAUAUGAAUUGUGUGUUACCAGUCUUGUUAGUUUUAUUAAGUUUAACUUUUUCUAAUCAAGAUAAAUCUAUCGCCGGAUCUAAUGAUACCAUUACAAUCAAUGACCAUACUGAAAAAAUUCCUCAUACCAUAGAUGUCCAACCGGAACCUGAUCAACAAAAUAGCACUACAAGUUCUCCUAUUAUUACUACCACAUCCAAUGGAACCAAUAUUACAACUACCGCUGUUACCACUACUAAAUCACCCAACACUACAACUGUUCCACCCAAAACUACAACUGUUUCACCCAAUGCUACAACUGUUUCACCCAAAACUACAACUGUUCCACCCAAAACUUCAACUGUGUCACCUAAUUCAACAUCUACUACUGCUUCUUCCACCACUACAACCUUGGUACCUACUAAGCCUUCUACUUCAACUGUGACACCCAGUUCUCCAACUAAGGCACCUGUUUCGACGUCUACAGCAAGUCCAGAACCUGGACAUCAUCGAAGUUUUGAUGGACCGAGUUUCAUUGGAGGUAUAGUAUUGGCAUUAGGAUUGGUCGCCAUAGGUUUCGUAGCCUUCAAAUUCUAUAAGGCUCGCAUCGAAGUUAAUUAUCAUACUCUAUAACCCCAUGACAGUUUAACUCUUAAUAUUUAAAAUGUUUAAUAUGUUAUUGUGAAUGUGUUGAAAACUGGUCUAUACUUACCAAUAUUUUUGAUGAAUUAUCUUUAGGUUUGAUCGAAUUUAUCGAUUUUUUAAAAUCUUUUAAUAUAUUUUUUUGUUGAUAUUAGAUUUCCAGUUUGGAGAAACGAGUUUAUAUCCAAAGGAAAUCGUUGGUUUGUUGAUAAUAUUUUUUUAAAUUGUGCAGCUGCUGUCUCGAGUAAAUAAACUUUAUCUGUUGUUAUUCAAGUUUAUGUCGAGAAUUAUUCAAUGUAUUACGAGGUGUGGCGUAUUGACUUGGUCAAAGUAUGAAAAUUAUUAGAAUUUUAAUGAUAUAUACUGUUGAUCUCAACAUGUAUGUUGACUAAUUCUUUGAUGUUCGCGAAUUAAUUUAUUGGCAGUCUUUUCGAAAAAAGUAGUAAAACUCUUGGAUUUUCUUGAUAUUCCACUGAAAAUUUAUGACGUCUCAUUUUCUGAUAUGUUUAUAUUGAUUUAUUGGCAGACUUUGCAAGAAAAGUGGAAAAUUCAAGAGAAUUUUCUUGACGCAUACUGUAGAUCCGAACAAAAUCAUUUUUUCACCUCGCUUGAUUAAUAUAUUGGCAGUCUUUUAAAGAAAAAAAAGUCCGAAAAUUCCGUGGUUUUCCUCAGUAUCAACUGAAAAUCUAUAUGGUUGUAUUUUCUAUCGUCUUUAAAUUGAUUUAUUAGCAUAUGGAAACUGGGGAAAUUGAGAGGAUUUUCUUGAUACAUACUUUAAAUCUGAACAAAAUCAUUUCUUAACCUCACUUAAUUGAUAUUUUGGCAUUUUUUUCAAAGCCAGCAAGAAAAUUCGUUAGAUUUUCUUCGCAUACACUAAAAAUCUGUAUCGUUUCUUUUUCUAACGUCCUGAGAUUGAUUUACUGGCAGACAUUAUAGAUCUGAACAAACUCAUUCUUUUACAUCCUUAAAUUGAUAUUUAUUGGAAAUGUUUACAAGGAAAUUGGAAAAAUUUUUUAUUAACCACUGAAAAUUUGAAUAUUUCACUCUGACUUUUUUUUCUCUUUGUGCCCUUUAACUAAUUAAUUCUGUAAUGUCGUUAAAUUAAUUUAUUGGCUGUAUUUUUGAGGAAAAUGGGAAAUUGAUUAGAAUUAUUUUAAAAGAAAUAGUGCUGAAUGUAAUUUUUUGACGUUUCCCGGUCAAUGUAGUGGCAGUCAUUUUCAAAUUUUUAAGGAUAAUGUGAAGAUUUCUUGAAUUUUACAAGUUAUUGCCGAAUGUCGUUUUUUAGAUGUCUUCUAAUAAUUUUAGUGGCGUACAUUUUCAUUUUUUUUAAGGAACUUGUGAAAAUUUAUUGGAUUAACCCAGUCGUUUGACGUUUUCUGGUCAAUUUAAUGGCAGACAUUAAAAAAAAUUAAAAAAUUAACAAAUCAUUGUUAAAAAUAUCUCAAAUGCCGUAAUUUUUGACAAAAAAGUUAUUUCAAGAUUUUAAAUUUUCUUUUUUUCUUUUUCUAGCAUUGGUAGUUAGAUAUACAUCCAAAAAUAUUCGUAAAGUUUUUCUAAUUUUGAAAAUUUUAAUUAUUUUUUCUUUUAUAUAAAUACAGACCAAUUUUCACCACUUUCACGACUUGAUUUUCUUCAUUAUAUACCAUUUGUAUGAUUUAAACUUUCUUUUAUGUGAUAUAUGUUAAGAAUAUUUCCAUUUUUUCUUUUUAAAUUCAUAUUUUAUUAAAAAAAAUACACGAUGAUCUUAACGAUCCGAUAUUAUAGGGAUUAUUCAAUGUAAAAAUAAACCAUCUCGAAUUUUUUUUCGAAAACUUAGUAUCUCAUUUAUCAUGGUAUUAGAUUCGUUUUUAUAUUUGCAUUUUUUAAAAAAAUUCUUGAUAAUUAUCAUUAUAUGAGUCACAAUAGUUGAAAACUUGAAAAUGGCGUAAAAUUACGGUACGAACCUGGUAAAACUACGAGGAAAGAAGUUUUUCGUUCCAAAAUUGUUAAAAAAAUGAGGAACUGCCUGAAAAUAUGGUUAAAAAACAAGAAAUUUUAAUUUUUUAGUUUUCAAAAUUAUAAUUGGGUUAUUUAGAUUUUUCAUUCAGUUUGUUCCACGCACUUUUCGCUAUUUUUCCAGCCUUUACCCCUUUUUCCAUUAAAUUUUCGGUAUUUUUCAGUCCUUUCAUUAUUUUUACGCACUUUUUUGGCUAUUUUUUCAGCCCUUUCCGUUUUACAGUUUCCGCUAUUUUUCAGCCCUUUUUGUUUUUCCAUUAAAAUUUCGGUAUUUUUUCAGUCCCUUUAGUUUUUCCGUGCACUUUUUGAUACUCUUUCAGUUUUUCCAUGCACUUUUUGAUAUUAUUUCAGUCUGUUCAGCUGUUCUUUUCACUCUUCGCUAUUUUUUCAGUUUCUUCAGUUUUUCCGUGCACUUUUUGAUACUCUUUCAGUUUUUCUUUUAUCUUUCGCUAUUUAUAUAUAAAAAAACGACGUACAAUUCCGGGUACCUGAUUUUUUUAUUGAAAAUUUUCGAAAGUUUUCAAUUUUCUCAUCUUUUCAUCGUUUUUUGAAUAUCAGAAUUUUUUUCGUGUUAAAAAUUUAUUUUUUCUUUUCGAUUUCCGUACUUUUAUCCGUUUUAUUCUAAUUUUUCUCCAUUUUCAACUGUCGACACUAUUUUCUAUUAUAGUAUGAAAUUUCUUAUUUUUUUAAAAAUAAUUUAUCACCCACCCACGUAAAUUAGAUAUAAUCGAAUAUCAAUUAUCAUCAUCGAGUAAUUAAAAAAACGAAUUUUUCAAAUUAAUACUGAUGAUAUGAUAAGCAUAACAUGCAGUGACCGGUUUAUUCGAAAAACCGUCAAAAACACUUUGCACUGAAGUAAAUCCGGUAGAUGUUCGAUGAAGUCAAUGAUAUUAGCCUGCUUAAGAGAUUCAAUUGCACCUCGCUUGCUUAGAAUACUUCGAUAUUUUCCUAAAAAAAAAAAAAUAGUUUGAGCGCAAUUUCGGCUUCUGGUACAGUCUAUUGUAGAUUAGCGAAUGAUUUGAGAAAUUCUAGGAUAUAAAUUGUUGCUCGAAGUUUGUUCCUAAAACAUUUAUACUCGAAAAAAGUGAUUUGAUUGCAGGGUAUCUAACUUUGACAUUUAAAACUCGUUUGUUUCAGGAAAAAAAAAAACGAUUUUUAUAUCGGAAGCUCCCGUAUUAACAGCGUUUGUUCGAACGUUAUUUUUUACGAAGCUUCCGGACUAAUAAUUAGUGAUUCAGCUUGAUAACUCGUGUUUACGUUAAUCGAAUACAAAUUUGUGUUUUUUCCUUGAGUUUUCAGUACUAAAUGGCACGUUAUUUGAUAUAUAUAUUUUUCUCUGAACCUCCCGUACUAACGACAAAUGUAUGAAUUUUAUUUUUCUUCAAAUUUUCCAUACUAAAAACAAAUUAUUCGAUUUAAUUUAUCUCAUAAGCUCCCUAACUAAUAACAUUUGAUUUGACUGUGUUUUUCCCUGAAGCUUGAAUUACUCUUGAUUGGGACGUAAUUUUCUUGUACUAAUAAUGAUCGAAUCAAAACUUGUUUUUUAUUUCUCGCUCCCAAAUGGCACGUGAUUUGACAUAUAUUUUUCUCCGAACCUUCUGUACUAAUGACAAGUGUCUGAAUUUGAUUUUUCUCUAAAUUUUCCAUACUAAUAAGUAAUAACUUAGUUCAAGUCUUCGUUUUUAUUUGAUAUUCCUCUGCUAAUAACCCGUUUUUCUAAUUUUUGUGAAUUCCUCCGUAUUAUCACUCGAUCUAACCUAAGCUUCCGUACUAAUGACCUGACUUGAGCUGUUUUAUUCCAAAAGCUCCUGUACUAACAGUAACAGUAUUUUAUUUUUCUUUAAAGCUUCCGUAUUAAUAUAAAAAUAGCACGAGCUUAAUUUUUUUUGGAAGCUCUCAUACUAACAAAACAUGAAUUGAAAAUGUUUUUUUCCAAAAUUUUCCUUUUAACGUGUCAGGAGUUUUGUUUUUUUUUAAUUCCCAAUUCCAAGUCAUUAAUGUACGACACUUUUAGUCGUUUGUACCAUAACAGUGAAACAAAACGAAAUAAAUUCUUAAAAAAAUUUGUUUUGAUACGAUUGGUUGUACGUUGAGAUUAUUUUUGUUGGAUGAAACAUACUUUUCGUACUAAUUACCAAGAAUAUUGUUUUUGUUCGAAUUUUUAGUACUAACGCAAGGUGAAAAAUGAGGGACCUUUUUAGUCAUAAUAGUGAAAUAAAAUAAACGGAAUUUCAAAUGAAAUAAAAAUUGAUUUUCAUACGAUUGGAUUUAGAUUGAAAACAUAAAAAUUUCAUUUAUUUGAAUCUAAAACACGGUUAUGCAUCUUUACGAUUACAAACAAUAAAAGUUUUAUACCUUGCAAUUCAAUUAUUUUCAAAUUUAUUGCAGUAAUUUCAACAAUUUCUCAAAGUUCUUGUUAUACAGUCAUGUUCCAAUUAGAUUUUUGUUACAAACUAUUUCGUCUAUAUCUAUAAAUUUCUGUUUUUAUAUAGAUUUGAAGUCGCCGUUGUAGAAAUUAUGCGAAAAUGAUAAUAUUGAAAACACGUUAAUAUAUAACGUCAAAUUUGACUCCUCUAUCUUUUCUUCGCAUAUUCAUUCAUAAUUCCAUUCUUUAUUGAGUAUUCUUGCAGUUUCUUCAAAUCCAGAACGGUCUAGAACAUUGUAGAACAUCAUGAGUCUUCAAUAACUGCUUAUUCAUAUAGGUAAAGAUCAACGAUGUUUUUCGUUGUUUUUUAACGUGUUUUUUCUUUUUAUUAUCAUUCUCGAUAUAAUUUUCGUUAAAAUCUGUCCUAUGAAAGUGCUCUUAUCUCCCGAAAUGUAUAAAAAACGAAAGGUGCGCCACCUAGUCUUUCUAGAUGGUAUAUUUUGUAAAAUAUUUAUCUAAAAGUUGACGAAUAAGAGACGGUAUAAUAUUUUUUCUAUUUUUCAUUUAUCGAAUGUUCGUUCUUCGAAUGGAUAUAUUGAGCCGCUCAAUUUUUAGAGCUUGAAGAGCGGUAAUAUCCUCGAAUGUUGCUCCACGUACAGUAAUUUUCACUAAAAUAAACGUCUGUUUAUAAACGUUUAUUUAUACACAUGUAAAAUAAUUUUUUUUUCUCAGUGUAGAUAUAAAUAAAGACUCAAAUUUAUCACGAUUGUUUGUGUGGUCCAAUAAAUCGUAUUUAAAUACA